AUGGUCAACUUCACCGUCGAAGAGGUUCGCGCCUUGAUGGACAAGGCUUCGAACGUUCGUAACAUGUCUGUCAUCGCUCACGUCGAUCACGGAAAGUCUACCCUCACCGACUCCCUCCUCUCCAAGGCCGGUAUCAUCUCCGCGGCAAAGGCUGGUGAUCAGCGAGCCACCGAUACUCGUGCAGAUGAACAGGAGCGUGGUAUCACAAUCAAGUCGACCGCUAUAUCCCUGUACGGAAACUUGGAGAACGACGACGAUAUCAAGGAUAUCGUUGGCCAGAAGACCGACGGCCGUGAUUUCUUGAUCAACUUGAUCGAUUCACCUGGUCACGUUGAUUUUUCGUCUGAAGUCACCGCUGCUCUCCGUGUCACCGAUGGUGCUCUCGUUGUCGUCGAUACCAUUGAAGGUGUGUGCGUGCAGACCGAGACUGUUCUGCGUCAGGCUCUUGGUGAGCGUAUCAAACCCGUUGUUAUCAUCAACAAGGUCGAUCGUGCUCUCCUCGAAUUGCAAGUCUCCAAGGAGGACCUGUACCAGUCCUUCUCGAGAACCAUUGAGUCCGUCAACGUUGUUAUCUCCACCUACUUCGACAAGACCCUCGGUGAUGUUCAGGUCUACCCAUACAAGGGUACUGUUGCUUUUGGUUCCGGUCUCCACGGCUGGGCGUUCACUGUCCGUCAAUUCGCUCAGCGUUACGCCAAGAAGUUUGGUGUUGACAGAAAUAAGAUGAUGGAGCGUCUUUGGGGCGACAACUACUUCAACCCCCACACCAAGAAGUGGACCACCAAGUCUACCCACGAGGGCAAGGACUUGGAGCGUGCCUUCAACCAGUUCAUCCUGGACCCCAUUUUCAGAAUCUUCAACGCCGUCAUGAACUUCAAGAAGGAUGAGAUCCCGACUCUCCUCGAGAAGCUCAGCAUCAAGCUUAGCGCUGACGACCGUGACAAGGAGGGCAAGCAGCUCCUGAAGGUCAUCAUGAGAACUUUCCUCCCCGCCGCCGAUGCGCUCAUGGAGAUGAUGAUUCUUCACUUGCCGUCCCCAGUCACAGCUCAGAAGUACCGUGCCGAGACCCUCUACGAAGGUCCUCCUGAUGAUGAGGCCUGCAUCGCUAUCCGCGACUGUGACCCCAAGGGGCCUCUCAUGUUGUACGUCUCCAAAAUGGUACCCACCUCCGAUAAGGGACGUUUCUACGCCUUCGGCCGUGUCUUCGCCGGUACUGUUCGCUCCGGUCUCAAGGUCCGUAUCCAGGGCCCCAACUACACCCCUGGAAAGAAGGAAGAUCUUUUCAUCAAGGCCGUUCAACGUACCGUUCUCAUGAUGGGUGGAAAGGUCGACCCUAUCGAUGAUGUCCCAGCUGGUAACAUUCUCGGUUUGGUUGGUAUCGAUCAGUUCUUGUUGAAGUCUGGAACCCUCACCACCAGUGAGACCGCCCACAACUUGAAGGUCAUGAAGUUCUCCGUCUCCCCCGUCGUUCGUCGGUCUGUCGAGGUCAAGAACGCCCAGGAUCUUCCCAAGCUCGUCGAAGGUCUCAAGCGUCUCUCGAAGUCCGACCCCUGUGUUCUUACCAUGAUCACUGAGUCCGGUGAGCACGUUGUCGCUGGUGCUGGUGAAUUGCACUUGGAGAUUUGCUUGAAGGAUCUCGAGGAAGAUCACGCCGGUGUUCCCCUGCGUAUCUCUGACCCUGUCGUUGCCUACCGUGAGACUGUGACCGAGAAGUCCAGCAUCACCGCUCUGUCCAAGUCCCCCAACAAGCACAACCGUCUGUACAUGAUUGCUGAGCCUCUGGAUGAGGAGCUUGCUAAGGAGAUUGAGGCCGGAAAGAUCUCUCCCCGUGACGAUCUCAAGGCUCGCGCCCGUAUCUUGGCUGAUGACUUCGGUUGGGAUGUCACUGAUGCCCGUAAGAUUUGGUGUUUCGGUCCAGAUACCAGCGGUGCCAACUUGUUGGUUGACCAGACCAAGGCCGUCCAAUACUUGAACGAAAUCAAGGAUUCCGUCGUCUCUGGUUUCCAGUGGGCCUCGAGAGAAGGACCAGUUGCCGAAGAACCCAUGAGAAGUAUCCGUUUCAACAUUAUGGAUGUCACCCUCCACGCCGAUGCUAUCCAUCGUGGUGGUGGACAACUUAUCCCAACCGCUCGUCGUGUCCUUUACGCCUCCGCUCUGCUUGCCACACCCGCUCUCCAAGAGCCCGUCUUCUUGGUCGAGAUUCAGGUACCUGAGUCUGCUAUGGGUGGUGUCUACGGUGUCUUGACCAGACGUAGAGGUCACGUCUUCAACGAGGAGCAACGUCCAGGAACUCCCCUCUUCACCAUCAAGGCAUACCUCCCAGUCAUGGAGUCUUUCGGCUUCAACGCUGAUCUCCGCUCGCACACCUCUGGCCAAGCCUUCCCCCAACUUGUCUUCGACCAUUGGCAAAUUCUUCCCGGUGGAUCCCCUCUUGAUGGAACCUCCAAGGUCGGUGGGAUUGUCCAGGAGAUGCGUAAGCGCAAGGGUCUCAAGGUCGAAGUUCCAGGUGUUGAGAACUACUACGACAAGCUAUAG